UGCAGACAAACCUACUGGAGAAGGGGAAAAUCAUCCAGCGUAACCCGGCUGAAGGAGCUACUCAAGAGGACAUCCAAACUGAACAACAGGACCUCAAAGCAGCCAGAGGCUCUGCUAAGUAUGAGAUGAGGAACUGAUGGCUUUGUUGCUUUGAAGAAAAGGAGGAAGUAGAAUUUACUAUCCUCAGAGUCCAGGGAUAGUUAAGAAUAAGGGUGACGAAUGAAUGCCAGUUUCCAGAGAGAUUGUGAGAAUGUCUCAUUCUACUAACUCAGCCUCCUCACAGGUCACCUUUCUGUUGCUUUUCUUGUACUGUGACAUUCUCAGCUGGGCAUUGCCCACUGCUCCAGAAUAUUUGCAACGUGGCUGGCAGAGGCUCUUGGAGGAAGGGGAGAGCUGUGUGGAAUGUAGGUUGGAAGAAUGUCCCACACCACGUGGCUGCCUGGCUGGGGUAGUAAGAGAUGCCUGCGACUGCUGUUGGGAGUGUGCCAAUCUGGAGGGACAGAUCUGUGACUUGGACAAUACCAACCACUUCUAUGGAAAGUGUGGUGAUCACUUAGAGUGCCGCCUUGAUGCCGGGGACCUACAACAUGGUGAAGUGCCUGAGCCCCAAUGUACUUGCUUAUCUAGCCAGGCUAUCUGUGGCUCCGACAGCAAAACCUAUGCCCAGAUCUGCAAGUUCCAAGAGAUGCGAAACUCCCAUCCAUGGGCUGAUCUCACCAUGGCCCAUGAGGGGCCUUGUGAGUCAGAGCCCCAUAUCAUAUCUCCUCCUUAUGACAUUUGGAACAUCACUGGGCAAGAUGUGAUCUUUGGCUGUGAGGUCUUUGCCUAUCCCAUGGCAUCCAUUGAAUGGAGGAAGGAAGGGCUGGAUAUGCUGCUUCCUGGAGAUGACCCCCAUAUCUCUGUUCAGUUUAGGGGAGGCCCUCAGAAAUAUGAAGUGACCAGUUGGCUCCAGAUCCAAGCUGUGCGGGUGACAGAUGAAGGAACCUACCGCUGCUAUGCAAGAAACAAGGUUGGGCAAGUAGCAGCUCUUGCCAACCUCAUGGUUCUCACUCCAGAUCAGCUAAACUUGACUGAACUGGUCUUGCCCAAGAUGCCCAACCUGAGACGGGAUGAUGACUUCGAAAGUGAUGAGUCCUAUGACUAUUACUGAUGGCGCAUAUGUGGAGGAGAAUGCAGGAACAUUGGCACACUUCUUUCUCAUUUAAGCUUUUGCUUCCUACCUUACUGCAGUCCCAGACCUCCAGAAUAAGCGGUAUUGAACCUUUGUGCUGAUUCAAAGAAGCCGGCUACAGUUAAUCUGAGAACAGUUCAUAAACGAGCUCAUUUUGGGUGGGAUAGGUAGAUAUACAAUAACUCAACGCCACCUCUGGUGGAGAAACAAAUGGCAGCAUUGCAAGGGCUGUUGCAUUGACCUCAUCCUAGAGCAAAUGGGCAUUAAAAGGUGGAAUGUAACUAACAUUGUAAACUUUUCCCAGAAAAACACUAGCAAGUUUGGAUGCAUUUCUGUCUGUUGCCACUACUGUCUAAACUUUUCAAAACAAGCUCUUUCUUCUCAAAGCCUGAAGGCAGAUUUCACAUGUGAUGAGUUUAACUGGCAGCAACUUCUUUAUGAAAACUCUAAAGCUAAAUGGGCAUGCCUAGGUUUAAUAUAUUUUACUGUUUCCAUGGGGCUAGAACCAGCAUCAGUUGCUUCUGUGGAUGUGACUUAGUUUAGAGAACUCUUCAAGACUUCCAGAGAACUGCCCCUGGACUAUUGGCAACAUGGAUAGGCUUGCAGUGAGCUGCUUCUGGAACGGCUAAGAUAUGUAUAAGUAUCCUGAGGCAACUGAUCCAUCUUAGCCAAACUCCUCCUAUCUGCUGUUCUAUAGGCUUCCUGUGUGGGCUCCACCUUCCCCAGCUAAGAAGUUCCUGCCUUCUCUGAAUACAUGCCUUCAUUUGUUUCGUUGGCUCUCCACAUUCCACUUCCCUCUGUCUACCUUUCUCUAUUCCUUCCAGACUCCAGAACUAGCUUUGCUAAUUAAUUUAUUUACAGACCAUCUUUCUCAUAGAGAUUCAAGAGCUAUGACCUGAAUUACUCUUUUGGCUGAUUUUCAGUUUGAUUCCACUCCACCCAGAGCCAAACUAGACGAGAUGAAUUACAUGAGUCUAUGCAAGUGGCCAGAUUAGGUUUUUUCCCUCACCUUCCAAUGUCUCUUUUACCCCCGAUGAACUCGUGUCUGUGGCUCUGCUCUGUACAUGUGUCAGCAAAAAAGCAGUUUACAUUGGCGAGUGUCCAUGGACCAUAUCAUCGAGUCACCGUUGCAGAGUGGUGAUUCUGUUUUACUUCCACUUCCCUCUUUCAGCACUGAAAGGCAAUAGGGUACAGGGGAUGGUUUAAGCAUGCUCAAACUGGUGGUACAUGAUGGGAUGCCAUUCCUGUGUCUUGGAGGAGCACAGAAGAAAUCCGUGCCAGCAUGGACACGGGAUCAAGUGCAGUCUGGCUGUGCUGUCUAGUGUACAGGAAAGCAAUGGGGAGACCCAUGUAAGUCUGUUCAUGUGUCGUUCAUGUGUCAUUCAUAUCAUGUAGUUUGGCUCCCAGUGGAUGAGCAACAGUGGUCCUAUGUUAGAAACUGUUUACCACCAGACCUGCUUCCAUCUACUCAUAGAUUUCACCAGCCCAGAUCACUUUUAAGCAGAACCAUCACUCAUAUUUAGCAAUUCAUAGGCUGCCCAUUUCUUAUACAUUUCCUUACUGGAGAUAGCAAUAACAGGAUAAAAUGGUACAUAGCAAUGCAGCAUGGUUAUUUGGCUCUGUACAAGUAAGAACACGAUUCAACCAAUCUCUGCUUGGAGAUGAAGCAAGCCAGAAAGAGUCCACUGUAACAGAGUAAUUGAAAGUCUAGCAGUGCAGUUGCAGCAAAGUCACACCCUUCUUCCAUUGAAGCAAUGAGGUCAGAAGGAUGUAGGGCUGCCAGAUGGAGACUGGCAGCCAGUGGGAGGGUUGGGGACAUGAACAUAGUAGGGUGGUGGUGUUGUAGGCAUGAUGGUAUCAUUUCUGGGGGAAACCACAGAGUUUCUGGAAAUUCCUAGAGCUACCUGCAUUACUUCUGGGGUUUCCCAAGAAGAGAUCCCCUUCCACCUCUUGGAGUGACAGUGGGCAAUGGGAGUGAAGGGCAGGGGAUUCCUGCUCUGACCAGGGGCUUGGCAAUCCUGGAAUGAUGUCACUCUGUUUUGGACACUCUGUUUAGUGAAAGUUUCUUUCAAGUCUAUCUGUUAUCUCAGAUAAUAAAUAUUAGACCUUGAGGGCAUCCAGUGAAAUUGAGGAACAGUAGACAAAAAGAAGUAAUGUUUUGCACAGUUAGUAAUUAGAUUGUGGAAUUCACUGCCACAUGUUGACAGCUACUAGAUUGUGUAUGUAUGUAAAAUGCCACCAAAUUUUGGCUGAUUAUAGCAAUCUCAUAGCUUUCAAAGGCAAGAGAUGAACUGAGGUGGUUUGCCAUUGCUUGCCUCUUCAUAGUGACCCUGAACUUCCUUGCUGGUUUCCCAUCCAAGUACUAAACCUGGGCUGACCCUGCUUGGCAGCCAAGCCCCCAGGUCAGGGCUUAAAUGGCUUUAAAAGGGGACUGGACACAUGGUUGAAGGAAAGAUUUACCUGUGGCUAUUACCUAUGAUGUUCAUAGGCAGUAAACCUCUGGAUAUGAUUGUGGGGGCUCAGAAAAAGGGGGAGGCCUUUUCCUGCAGGCACUGCAUGUAGACUUUCAGGAAGGCAUCUUGUUAGGGUUGCCAGUCUCCAGGUGAGGCCUGGAGAUCUCCCAGAAUUACAACUGAUCUCCAGAUGACAGAGAUCAGUUCCCCUGGAGAAAACGGCUGUUUUGGAGAGUGGCUUCUAUGGCAUUAUACCCUGCUGUGAUCCGUCCACUCCCCAAACCAUGCCAUCUCCAAGUUCCAUCACCAAAUCUCCAGAAAUUUUCCAACCUGGAGUUGCUGACUUUAUGUCUUGUUGGCUACCAGAUGGACCAAUUUUCUGAACAAACAGGGUUGCUCUUCUGCUUUUAGUACACAUUUCUUUAGUACACAUUUAUGCCACCUCUCCAGUCUUUUCCCCUUCACUUUGCCCAUAGCUCUCAGUCCUGCACUACAUUAUAUUUUAUUACAGUUUUCUUGUCCAUGUUCAUUGCUGCUGUCUCACAAGAGGGAAAACCAGAAAAACUCUGUGCCAGUGGAUAAAUCUACUGACCAAAAGAUGUUUUAAAAAAAUCUUUUCCAACUGUGUAUUGUUUUGAAAGCCCAUCUCAAAUCUCAUUAAAGACCAUGGAGGAAUUCCAAAGGAUUCAUACAUGUCAGCUUGAACCUUCACAACACUGACUUUCAGUCAAAAUGAUGGUUUCUGAGGGGCCCCCUUUAGGAAAAAGUCAUAGCUCAUUCAGAAGAAUGGGUGGGUGGGUAGUCUGUUGCCAAACUAGGAUACACUACAAAUAAGAGAAGAGAAUAUAUGGCUGAUAGAAUCCUUAUGGGCUGCUUUGGUUCUUGCAAAUGGAUUGCUUUCAGAUCUGGGAGUAAUUAUUCAAUUCAUAAAUGGAUCUCAGAGCAUCUGACACAAAUACUGUAUAUACUCUGCAAGAUCACAAAACUAGAACACAAAAACUUAUAUCUUUACUACUAAAUUUAAAUGAACAGUCAUAGCAAACAAAUGCUGAAUUCAUAUGUGCAAGUUUAUUGUGGCAAUCAAGAUGAUUUGAACGUGUGAAAUAGUUCUCACAGGUUUGCUAAAGAUAUGCUGGGAUUUCCCAGUUGUCAGGGGUAGGUACCCUUGCAUGCAUGCUGAAUAGUGGUAUGCUAGAUCAUUCCCCCAGGCAUACAGGGUCUGUUUUCCACUCAAGGUGAGCCCUUGAGCUACUGGCAGUGCAAUUGGGCUCACAUUGCUCCUAAUGUCUCUGGCCAAGUACAACUGCUUCUCCCCCUUUGUUUGCCAGUAUACUAGCAUCUUCACAGGUAGACACAGUGGUUUGUUUGGUACUAAGGCCAAGGAGUGAUUGAGGCUGGAAAUAUACCAAUAUAACAAAAUGGGGAGUCCCGUGCUCUUAACCAUUACACCAAACUUGCUCUCCAGUUUAGAUUAUGAAAUGUAUAAGAAAGACUAUUGAAGGUACAUACCAUACAAUUGGACAUAUGCUAUAUGUCCAAUAUAUACUGCCUCUGAAGCAGUAUUCUCUUUUAUGUACAUACUAUAUUUAUAAAAGUUUCUCUUUCAUUUACUCCUUAGCAGCAGUGUUGGCCUGUGCACUAGGAGUGCUAAGGCACCAGAGAUGAAGAGGAGCCAGCCAGUCCUGUCACCAUCCUACCUGCCCACCUCUGGCAUUGGGCUCUGCCCCAGGAGGUGAUCCUGACCCAAAUGGGUGGCCCACAGGGAGUCUGUUCCUUCCCUUUCCCCCUCUUUUGGGGUGGGAGUGAGAAGGCCCACGAGGAGGGGGGUGGCUUCUGGUCUCACUGUAGUCCAGGGGGUGGGGGAUGAGGUGGGCAAGUGGUGGCUUCCCUGCAGUAUGAGAAGAGGAAGUGAAGUCAUUUGUUUCCUAGGGUGCCAAAAAUCUUUAGGCUGGCACCACUUAGUAAAGCUGUGCCUGAUCAAAGAUAGUCGCUUUGAAGCAGCUGUGCAGCCCCAUUGUGCAUUGAACAUGACUGUGGGGUCCGUCCCCAAGAAAUCACUAGACUGAAAUGCAUACGUUUGUGAAUGAAUAUGCCCACACUACAUGAUUCAAUUAGAAAUACACAUAGCAGCUUCAAAAGUACAUAACAGACAUGGAAUUAUCAACAUUAGAACUCAUAACAGGAAAUUAGAAAAGAGGAUUCAAACGUAUGAAUAUUAGUUCGUGAUGCUUAGUUUAUUUUAUCCUAUGAACAUUUAGGAGGGUCUAGCAGCAACUUCAUUUGCAUGGAGCACCAACCUGUCCUUUGGAAGAUUCUGAAAUGCUGGGGGGGGGGGGAGGAAUGGGGGAUGGUGAAUGCUCAUCUGAGCCCCUCUUCUUCCUCUUGCACUCUGUGUCAAAACCACUUUUUUCUCUGCUAAAAAAUGGCUAUACAUUUCUCUCUCUUAAUAUCAGAAUUUAACACAGGGAUACGUUAAGAUAUUAUGCCAUGAAAACUGAUAGACAAAAUCUCCCCCCUCUUGGAUUCAUGAAUAAAAUAUAGCUCUUCUUUUGGAAGUAUGGUCCUCCUGUUUUUUAGGGGAAAGCAUUGCCUGUUAGGAAUUUGAACUCAGCCCUAAGUAUUGCUUGCUGCUACUGGCUGCGGUGAUGACUUAUCACCUUGCCUUCCAGCGAGGCCAUUGUCCAACCUAUUGAUCUGCCUGAGAGAUGCACACACAGGGGCGUGGGGGAGAGGGGAAGGAAAAACUAUAAUGGGCUAUCUGUUAAUUAAAUGUGCCAGUCAAACAGGACGGUAAAUGGAGUGAAGAACAAACCAAAACUAGUGAAAUUAUGGACUGGAUCCAGACUAAAUGUUCCAGUGGCAGAAUGGAACUUGCCUGCCUCUCCUUCCCCACCACUGCAGCCCACUGAUCUCCAUGAAAUGGUGCUCCUGGGGGACAGAGGGAGGAACGGCGUGAAGGAGGUCUGAAGCAGGAAGGAGGAAACUGGUAGAAAUAGCCAAUUUAAUCUGGACCCAACUUGGAGAAAAUGCAGGAUUAAAAUGUACUAAACAGACCAGUGCCAUUGAACUGGAAGGAAAAAGAGCUGAUUGUGUCAUACACUGAAAUGUAGUGCACGGAUGAUACUGCCCCUUCCAUGUGCGAGGUCUAGGUCAAUUGCGCACCCAUUUUUAAAAAGCUUCAGCUUCAAGGUCAGAAGUAGUCCAUCUGCCCACGGAGCCCAAUAUUCUAAUUUAGGAUUGCUUGUAUAAUUUGCCUGUACUCCCCCCCCCCAGAAGAAUGUUUCAUUGUUAGGUUUCAUGACUAUAUCAGAAGACAUCCCCUCCCAUUCAUUUAUCCUCUGUUUUGCUGGAAUGCCAGAAGUAGCAGUCCUACUUCAAGUGAACCUGAAACCUUCCUGGCUUCUGGAUCAGUUGCUAUUGAUAAGCUACCCAAUCUCUACUUCCCUUUCUAGUGUUUUCAGCCUCGGCCAUGGCUGAGACAUGGAAAGUGGAUUUCGGUUCUACAACAGAAGUCCUUUCCUAGCUUCCACACCACUGGUGAACUAUCAUCUAGGGAGUUAUAGGAUAUGGGAUGCAGAAGACUGCUGCUUGGCUUCGGGUUGUUGUUGUUUUUUAACCACAGAGAGAAUCUCAAGGGCCACAACUCUUCCUUGUUUCAACACCACUUAAAAAUUAAAAGAAGAAAAUAACCUUCUCUGCACCAGGCCUAAGGUUAAUUGUUCAGAAUCUGUCACUGCCACAGAAGUUAAUUAAAGUUAUUUGUUGUUACUUUAAAAUAUGCUGGUUCGGCUCUCCUGCUGGGACACUGCUCAGAAGCUUCCAUUAACCCUGCUGUGCCUGGUCUGCCCUGCAUCAACCAUGCUGCUACUGUCUACCAAUCGCUGCAGUUAGAGUUGCCACUUAUUUUUCAGCGAGGCUCCUGUGUGACAGCAGAACUGAGCAGGAGAACAGUUACCAUCAUUCUAUUAAAAGAAAACUUCAGCUAUUGUAUUUAUUCUUGACAUGUUGCUCUUAAUGACAUAGACUUCAGAGCAAUCCUGAACAGCUCUACUCAGAGGAUAGUUUAGGUGGGUAGCCAUGUUGAUCUGCAGUAGACCUGCAGGAUUUAAGUCCAGUGGCAUCUUAGAGACCAACAAGAUUUUCAGAGUGUAAGCUUUUGAGAGUCAUUCUGAAAAUCUUGCUGGUCUAUAACGUGCCACUGGACUCAAAUCUUGCAGGUCUACUCAGAAUCCUACUCGAUAUAUCCAAUGAGGCUUACUUCCAGGAAAGUAUUCUUAGGAUUCCACUGUCAGUGGUGCCAUCUGUUCCCCACUCUUUCCCCUUCCUUCCCAUCAAUAUGUGCUUGUGCUGACCAUCAAUGCGGGGCUUUAAGGAGAACGCUUGUAUUCUGAUUUGCUAUGGUCCUCUACCAUCAUGCUCCAUAAAGCUUGCAGUGAAGCAUGGAAUGCUGUUCCUUCUCUCUCUGAAUCCCCUUUCUUGGG